AUGACUACAAGUCCAGUAUCAAAAUCCGGUUUUUAUCCAUUGAUUGCUGGUGCAACAAGUGCAUUUAUAACAACUACAUUAUAUCAACCCUUAGAUUUUCUUAAAACUCAAAUACAAGAACCCAAAAAUGGAAUCUCUAAACGUUCGAUACGAUCAAUAACACAACAUACUAUUAAACAAUAUUCAGCAUUUCGUCUAUGGCGUGGAUUAACACCGUCGUUAUUUCGUGCUGUACCUGGUAGUGCUCUUUAUUUUCAUUUACUUAAUUUAGUUAAAGAAAAAAUACCAAAAAAGAAACAAACAUUUCUUGUCAAUGGACUUUGUGGUGCUUUAGCUCGAGGUGCAGCCGAUCUAGUUGUUUUUCCAUUUACAUUAAUCAAAGCUAGACUUGAAAGUUCUCGAUAUACAACAAUGAGUAUGAUUACCGUUAUUCAACAUGUAUAUUCGACGCAGGGUUUAAAAGGUUUUUAUACUGGUCUUCUACCGACUUUAGCACGUGAUCUUCCAUUUUCCGGUAUUUAUUAUAUGUCUUAUCGUAAAUUAAAAGAUAAUAUGUCAGAUGAUACUAAUCUAUCAUCAAAUAGAAAUUGGUUCACAUCGCAAGCAGCAAUUAGUGUUGCUGCUGGUUUAAUUGCUUCAUUUAUAACACAACCCGCUGAUGUUAUUAAAACUUACCGACAAGUAGCUCCAGCUGAUUAUAAAAAUGUUUAUAUGACAGUUAAAUCUAUCAUAAAAACAGAUGGGUUAAUUGGUUUUGCACGUGGUUUUCUUCUUCGAGCAUCUCGUCGUACACUUGUAGCUGCAACUGCUUGGACUUUAUAUGAAUACCUUUUAAAACAAUAA